GCACAAGAAGGGUCUUAACUGAAUAUUUUCAUUCUGUAAUAUGAUGAAACGAAAGUUUUUUACAAAUCAUUAGAUUAAAAUUAUAGUCUACAAUUCUUUCUCACAAUACAAUUGUUAUCACUGGCUCAAGAUAACAUUUAUCUUCCCUUUUUAUUAGUUACAGCAUAUUUUGAUUCAGUCAUUAGAAAUAAAUACAUUGACAGUGUGUGAUAAUCAUAUCUCUUGUAAAUAUGUUUAUUAUUUAGUCGAAGAAUCCAAUAUAAUAAAGUAGCUCUCUUUAAAGGUCUGUUGAGUGUAGUUUUGCUUUUCAUAUUUUUUACAAUGGCAAACUUCUUUCCUGUGAUAAUGUACGGUUCUGUACUAUCUCUUAAUUUGUACUCUCUAAUAUAUUUUAUGGAAUUGGGAUAUAAAAUGAAAAAGAGUGGUAGGGAAAAAGAGUUUGGUGAAGACAUAGCAGACUUUGCUGGAUUUGAAUUCUGUUUUUUCACUUUAUGGAAUUUUAUUUUCCAGAUAUUGUUCAUGAUAGUUGCUAUUAUGGAUGAGGUUUCCAAACUAAUGAAAUUCUCUUUAAUCACUCAAAAAAGAUUAGGCAAAACUAGAGCUGUUAUGUACAAUACCAUACUUUUUCCGUCAACUUUAAUGGUUAUGUCAAUAUUCUGGAUAUUAUGGCAUACAGAUCGAGAAUUGGUAUUUCCUGAAAUACUUGAUUUAUUUUUCCCUUCAUGGCUGAAUCAUAUGUUACAUACCUUUAUAGUUAUGCCAAUUAUUAUAGAAUUAAUCUUACCCAAGAAGUAUAAUUUUGUUAAAUUUGAAAAAUCGGCAGUUGUAUUGACUGCAAUAUUUAUGUUUUAUCAAAUUUUAUAUUUUUCAAUAUAUUUCUGCCACGGUGUGUGGCUGUAUGCAGUCUAUAAGGUUUUUACUUGGCCGCAAAGAAUUAUGUUUACUGCUUGUCAGUUCGUGAUGGUGCUAUCGUAUCAAAAACUUGGAAUAAUGUUACAAAAUUGCAAAAAACCUUCGCUGCGACAGAAAUUUAAAUAAUUUUCUAUAAUUGUAGAAUAAGAAUUUAUUUAUGUUUUAUUUUUUGUGUGUAUAUAUUUUUAUAUAACAAA